UAAAACUUUUGCAGUGCUAAAUGGUAUCUCCUUGGCACGCAGAGUUGGGCAUGCAUUGGUUAAUAUAUAGGCUUGGUGGUGUUUGGUUUUCUUAUCAGCCUGCACAGUAAAAUGUCUUUCGAAUCUGCCUUGGAGCAGCUGGCUGGCAGCUGACGCUGCUGUUGGCACCACCCAGGUUUAACAUGACAUCACCAGAAGAAGUCCACCUCUGUGCUCAAGGAAGUUGAUGUGGGAGCCACACUGUGAAGUGGAUCAUAACUGCUGAGAACACAGAGGGCAUGUAAAAAUGGAAUUCCUGAAAAAAUUUGUUCCCACUGCUGCUUCUGGAGAUGUUCAGGAUGUUGGGAGUACAGCCCGUGAAAGCUCUCCAAGGCUGCUGAAGAUGAGACGGGUCAGACUGUUUUCAUUAGGACAGACAAUAGAUGAAGAUGAGGGGACACAUGCUUUACAUCCUGAUUACUCCUCCACACCACUCAGCAGAGUAAAUAAACGUAGAGUUCCUCCAAGUGUUGUUUCCACCUGGGAAAAGAGAGGCAUCAUCAUGUCUAACAUUACUAUUGACCCAGAUGUGAAACCGGGCGAGUAUGUCAUCAAAAGCCUCUUUGCUGAAUUUGCUGUUCAAGCUGAAAAGAAAAUUGAACUUGUAAUGGCUGAGCCUUUGGAAAAGCUCUUGUCCAGAUCUCUUCAAAGAGGUGAAGAUCUUCAGUUUGAUCAGUUGAUAAGCUCUAUGAGCUCAGUAGCAGAGCACUGUCUCCCCUCCUUACUACGCACCUUGUUUGACUGGUACAGGCGCCAAAAUGGAACAGAAGAUGAAUCUUAUGAGUAUAGACCUCGGUCAAGCACAAAAUCAAAGGGGGAUGACCAACAACGUGAAAGAGAUUAUCUACUUGAAAGGAGGGACUUAGCUGUAGAUUUCAUUUUUUGUUUAGUUUUAAUAGAGGUUCUAAAACAGAUACCUGUUCAUCCAGUGCCAGAUCCUUUAGUACAUGAAGUUCUAAACUUGGCUUUUAAGCACUUUAAACAUAAGGAAGGGUAUUCAGGAACCAACACUGGGAAUGUGCAUAUUAUUGCAGACUUAUAUGCAGAAGUGACAGGGGUUCUUGCUCAAUCAAAGUUUCAAGCUGUUAGGAAGAAGUUUGUCACUGAAUUAAAGGAACUGCGGCAGAAAGAACAGAGUCCUCAUGUAGUACAGAGUAUCAUCAGUUUGAUUAUGGGAAUGAAGUUUUUUCGAGUAAAGAUGUAUCCUGUGGAGGAUUUUGAAGCAUCAUUUCAGUUCAUGCAGGAGUGUGCUCAGUACUUCCUGGAAGUAAAAGAUAAAGAUAUAAAACAUGCACUUGCUGGUUUGUUUGUGGAAAUUCUCAUACCUGUAGCUGCUGCUGUUAAAAAUGAAGUGAAUGUGCCAUGUUUGAAAAAUUUUGUGGAGAUGCUUUAUCAGACUACCUUUGAAUUGAGUUCAAGAAAGAAGCACUCGCUGGCUUUGUAUCCAUUGAUCACCUGCCUGUUGUGUGUCAGUCAGAAACAGUUUUUUUUAAAUAACUGGCACGUUUUCCUGCAGAACUGUUUGUCACAUCUGAAGAUGCCAUCUAACAACAGUAUCAGAAAACAAAUAGAAACACUGCAGAAUAAAGAUCCCAAAAUGUCCCGAGUUGCACUGGAAUCUUUGUAUAGGUUAUUGUGGGUUUAUGUUAUUAGAAUUAAAUGUGAAAGCAACACUGUAACUCAAAGCCGUCUCAUGAGCAUUGUAUCAGCACUUUUCCCAAAAGGAUCGCGCAGCGUGGUCCCACGAGACACGCCUCUGAAUAUAUUUGUGAAGAUUAUUCAGUUCAUUGCUCAGGAACGUUUGGAUUUUGCAAUGAAAGAAAUAAUAUUUGAUCUUCUUAGUGUUGGAAAAUCACCUAAAACCUUCACUAUUAAUCCAGAGAGGAUGAAUAUUGGCCUCAGAGUCUUCCUUGUCAUAGCAGAUAGCUUGCAGCAAAAAGAUGGUGAACCACCCAUGCCAACAACAGGAGUUGUUCUUCCAUCAGGAAAUACUCUACGUGUGAAGAAAAUUUUUCUUAAUAAAACACUGACAGAUGAGGAAGCAAAAGUUAUAGGAAUGUCUAUAUACUAUCCUCAAGUCAGAAAAGCACUGGAUAGCAUUCUUAGGCAUUUGGACAAAGAAGUUGGAAGGCCCAUGUGCAUGACUAGUGUACAGAUGUCCAAUAAAGAGCCAGAAGACAUGAUUACGGGUGAGAGAAAACCUAAGAUAGAUUUGUUCAGAACAUGCAUUGCUGCUAUCCCAAGACUGAUUCCAGAUGGCAUGAGUAGGACUGACCUCAUUGAAUUGCUUGCAAGGCUGACAAUUCAUAUGGAUGAAGAACUUCGUGCCUUGGCUUUCAAUACACUCCAAGCAUUAAUGCUUGAUUUUCCAGAUUGGCGGGAAGAUGUUCUUUCAGGAUUUGUUUAUUUUAUUGUGCGUGAAGUGACUGACAUCCACCCAACGCUUCUUGACAAUGCAGUAAAAAUGUUAGUGCAGCUCAUAAAUCAGUGGAAACAAGCAGCCCAAAUGCACAAUAAAACCCAAGAUGCUCAGCGUGGUGUAUCCAAUGGGGCUGCCCAUACCCUUCCCCUGGAGAGGACCCUUUAUUCCAGUGUAUUCCACGUGGUGGAAGGCUUUGCUUUGGUCAUCCUUUGCAGCACGAGGCCUGCCACCAGGCGAUUAGCUGUCAGUGUCCUCAGAGAAAUAAGGGCCUUGUUCACACUCCUAGAAAUUUCAAAGAGUGAUGAUGAGUUGGCUAUAGAUGUAAUGGACAGACUAAGUGCUACUAUCCUGGAGAGUUUCAUACAUCUCACUGGGGCUGACCAGACUACUUUACUGUACUGUCCCAGUUCAAUAGAUUUACAAACUCUGGCUGACUGGAAUUCCUCCCCAAUCAGCCACCAGUUUGAUGUGGUCAGUCCCUCACAUAUUUGGAUAUUUGCACACGUGACUCAAGGCCAAGAUCCAUGGAUUAUAAGCCUCUCAAGUUUCAUGAAGCAGGAAAAUCUUCCAAAACACUGCCCAACAGCUGUAAGCUAUGCUUGGACAUUUGCUUAUACAAGACUUCAGCUUUUGUCUCCACAAGUGGAUAUCAACAGCCCUAUCAAUGCAAAGAAAGUAAAUACUACGACAAGCAGUGACUCCUAUAUUGGGCUCUGGAGAAACUACCUGAUUCUUUGCUGCAGUGCAGCAUCUUCUUCAAACUCCUCCAAUUCUACAGGCUCUGUGAGAUGUUCCCCUCCUGAGACGCUGGCGUCUACCCCAGACAGUGGUUAUAGCAUUGAUUCAAGAAUUAUUGGCAUUCCAUCCCCUUCCUCCCUGUUUAAGCACAUAGUUCCAAUGAUGCGCUCUGAGAGCAUGGAAAUUACAGAAUCUCUUGUCCUGGGACUUGGCAGGACCAACCCAGGAGCUUUUAGGGAACUAAUAGAAGAAUUACAUCCUAUAAUUAAGGAAGCACUUGAAAGAAGGCCAGAGAACAUGAAACGGCGCAGGCGUCGAGAUAUUUUACGAGUACAACUAGUACGAAUAUUUGAACUGUUGGCAGAUGCUGGUGUCAUUAGUCACAGUGCAAGUGGUGGCCUUGAUAAUGAAACACAUUCCCUCAACAACACUUUACUUGAGUAUGUUGAUCUAACAAGACAACUCCUAGAAGCAGAAAACGAAAAGGAUUCUGAUACAUUGAAAGAUAUCCGAUGCCAUUUUAGUGCCUUAGUGGCAAAUAUCAUACAAAAUGUUCCAGUGCACCAGAGAAGAAGUGUCUUUCCACAGCAGAGUCUACGCCACAGUCUAUUUAUGCUGUUCAGUCAUUGGGCAGGUCCUUUUAGUAUCAUGUUUACUCCCCUGGACAGAUACAGUGAUAGAAACAUGCGAAUAAACAGACACCAAUACUGUGCAUUAAAGGCUAUGUCUGCUGUACUGUGUUGUGGCCCUGUUGCAGACAAUGUUGGGCUUUCAUCUGAUGGCUAUUUAUACAAAUGGCUGGAUAAUAUUUUGGAUUCACAAGAUAAAAAGGUUCACCAGCUAGGCUGUGAGGCAGUCAUGCUGCUCUUGGAACUCAAUCCUGACCAGAGUAACCUCAUGUACUGGGCCGUUGACCGGUGUUACACAGGUUCCAAGCGGGUAGCAGCUGGCUGCUUUAAAGCCAUAGCCAGUGUGUUCCAAAACAGGGAUUACCAGUGUGAUACAGUGACCCUCCUGAAUCUGAUACUAUUUAAAGCAGCUGAUUCUACUAGGGCUAUCUAUGAAGUUGCUAUGCAACUAUUGCAGAUUUUGGAACCAAAGAUGUUCCGUUACGCUCACAAACUGGAAGUUCAGCGGAUGGAUGGGGUUUUGGGACAGCCUUCUCCUUUACCACAUUUGUAUUCUAUGUCAUAUUAUCAACUGUCAGAAGAAUUAGCAAGGACUUAUCCUGAGCUGACGCUUGCUAUCUUCUCAGAAGUAAGUCAGAGAAUCCAAACAGCUCACCCAGCUGGGAGACAGGUGAUGCUGCAUUAUCUGCUGCCAUGGAUGAACAAUAUUGAGUUGGUGGACUUGAAACCUUUGCCAACCAUUCGUCGGCAAGAUGAUGAUGAAGAAGAUUCUCUGAAAGACAGAGAAAUUAUGGUGAACAGUAGGCGAUGGCUGCGAGGAGAAGGCUGGGGAUCACCACAGGCUACAGCUAUGGUUCUGAACAAUCUGAUGUACAUGACUGCAAAGUAUGGUGAUGAAGUGGCUUGGUCAGAGAUAGAAAAUGUCUGGACUACUUUGGCAGACAGCUGGCCAAAGAAUCUGAAAAUAAUUUUGCACUUCUUGAUCAGUAUUUGUGGAGUGAACAGUGAACCCAGCCUUUUGCCUUAUGUAAAGAAAGUAAUUGUUUAUUUGGGUAGAGACAAAACAAUGCAACUACUAGAAGAGCUGGUGAGUGAACUUCAGCUUACAGAUCCUGUCAGUUCAGGAGUCACCCAUAUGGAUAAUCCACCAUAUUACCGCAUUACAUCCAGUUACAAAAUCCCCUCUGUCACCUCAGGUACCACUUCUAGCAGCAAUACAAUGGUGGCUCCCACAGAUGGCAACCCUGACAGUAAACAUAUGAAAGACAGUAUUGAAGAGAACUACACACACCUAGACAUCUACAGUGGGUUGAACAGCAACUUAAACCGCCAGCACCACAGACUGGAAUCUCGCUACAGCAGCAGCUCUGGAGGAUCAUAUGAAGAGGAAAAAAGUGAUUCAAUGCCUCUAUAUUCCAACUGGCGGUUGAAGGUGAUGGAGCACAAUCAAGGAGAGCCUCUCCCUUUCCCACCUUCUGGAGGUUGCUGGUCGCCGCUGGUGGAUUACUUGCCUGAAACUUCUCCUCCGGGCAUGUCACUUCACAGAUGCAAUAUAGCAGUGAUUCUUUUGACUGAUUUGAUAGUUGACCACAGUGUAAAGGUGGAAUGGGGAGGAUACUUGCAUCUUUUGCUUCAUGCAAUUUUUAUAGGUUUUGACCACGGUCACCCUGAAGUCUAUGAGCAUUGUAAACGACUACUUUUGCAUCUACUGAUAGUGAUGGGCUCUGGCAGUAAUGUCCAAUCUGCUGCUUCUGUCCUACUCAGAAACAGAGAGUUCAAUGAGUCCAGGGUGCUUACUGUCAAGCAAAUGACCCAUUUAGAUUACACUUUCACAGCAGGUGUUCAUGAUUUUAUACCUGAUUACCAGCCCUCCCCAAUGACAGACUCAGGGCUUAGUUCAAGUUCUACCUCUUCUAGCAUCAGUUUAGGAAAUACAAGUGCUGCCAUUUCUCAACUGCAGACCACAAUCCUCAAUGAGGUUGACAUUUCAGUAGAGCAGGAUGAAAAAGUGAAAACACUUAUAGAAUUUAUUACCUCAAGGAAAAGAGGCCCACUUUGGAAUCAUGAAGAUGUUUCAGCAAAGAACCCUAAUAUAAAGAGUGCUGAACAGUUAACUGUGUUUUUAAAGCAUGUGGUAUCUAUAUUUAAACAGUCUAGCUCAGGAGGAUAUCAAUUGGAACAUCGUCUCAGUGAAGUUGCUUUGCAAACUGCUCUUUCGUGCUCCUCUCGGCAUUAUGCUGGGAGGUCCUUUCAGAUUUUCAGGGCUCUGAAGCAGCCUCUCACUCCAUCUACACUUUCUGAUGUUCUCUCCAGACUAGUAGAAACUGUUGGAGAUGCAGGAGAAGAAGCUCAGGGUUUCGUCAUAGAGCUGCUUUUGACUUUAGAAUCUGCUAUUGAUACAUUGGCUGAAACCAUGAAACAUUAUGAUCUGCUUUCUGCCCUUUCUCAAACCUCAUACCAUGAUUCUGUGAUGGGAAACAAGUAUGCAGCUAACAGGAAAAGCACUGGACAGAUAAAUCUAAGCACAAGUCCCAUUAAUAGUGGCAGUUGUUUGGGAUACUACAGCAAUACAAGGAGUAAUUCCUUAAGACUGAAUUUAAUCAGUGAGCGGAGAGGCGACCGGCGACGGAGCAACACACUGGAUAUAAUGGAUGGAAGGAUAAAUCAUGGUGGAAGUUUGGCAAGGACUAGAAGCCUUUCCUCCCUGAGAGAGGGAGGGAUGUAUGAUGUGCAGCCCACUACUGACCCUGUCAACUUGAUGGCCACCAUAUUUUGGAUUGCAACUUCGUUGCUGGAGUCAGAUUAUGAGUAUGAAUACCUUCUGGCUCUCAAGCUACUCAACAAGCUUCUUAUUCAUAUGCCUCUGGAUAAAUCAGAGAGUCGGGAAAAGAUAGAAGAGGUGCAGAAUAAACUGAAAUGGAAUAACUUUCCAGGCCUUCAGCAGCUUUUUCUGAAAGGCUUUACUUCAGCUUCUACACAAGAAAUGACAGUUCAUCUGCUCAGUAAACUCAUCACAAUUUCCCGGCAUGCUUUGGUGGAUCCUUCUCAGUUAGCAGGAUUUCCCCUAAAUAUCUUGUGCCUACUUCCUCAUCUGAUACAACAUUUUGAUAACCCAACUCAGUUUUGUAAAGAAACAGCUGACAGGAUAGCAAAGGUUUGUGCAGAGGAGAAGUCACCAACUCUUGCCAAUCUGGCUCAUAUGAUGAGUUUAUACAGUACACACAGUUAUUCCAGAGACUGUUCUAACUGGAUUAAUGUAGUGUGUAGAUACUUGCAUGACUCUUUCUCAGAUGCCACAUUUAACCUCAUAACUUAUCUUGCAGAGCUGUUAGAGAAAGGCUUAUCCAGUAUGCAACAGUCCUUGCUGCAGAUCAUUUACAGUCUUCUGAGUCAUAUUGACCUAUCCACAGCUCCAGUGAAGCAGUUUAAUUUGGAAAUCAUAAAAGUUAUUGGUAAAUAUGUUCAGAGUCCAUACUGGAAGGAAGCCCUUAAUAUUUUGAAACUGGUGGUGUCUCGGUCAGCAAGCCUUGUUGUGCCUAAUGAUAUUCCAAAGUCUUAUGGAGGUGACAUAGGGUCUCCGGAAAUCUCUUUCACGAAAAUUUUUAAUAAUGUCUCCAAGGAGCUACCUGGGAAGACCCUAGAUUUUCAUUUUGAUAUAUCAGAGACACCAAUUAUUGGGAAUAAAUAUGGUGAUCAACACAGUGCAGCUGGUAGAAAUGGGAAGCCAAAAGUCAUUGCUGUGACCCGGAGCACUUCUUCAACUUCAUCAGGCUCCAAUUCAAAUGCACUGGUUCCUGUUAGCUGGAAGAGACCACAGCCAUCUCAGAGAAGGACUCGGGAGAAGUUAAUGAAUGUGCUUUCUCUGUGUGGUCCAGAUUCUGGUCUUCCCAAGAAUCCUUCGGUUGUGUUUUCUUCUAAUGAAGACUUGGAAGUUGGAGAUCAACAAACUAGUCUAAUUUCAGCAACAGAAGAAGUGAUUCAAGAGGAGGAAGUGGCUGUAGAAGACAAUACCAGUGAACAACAGUUUGGAGUUUUUAAAGACUUUGACUUUUUAGAUGUUGAAUUGGAAGAUGCAGAGGAGCUGCAGGGCGAAAGCAUGGACAACUUCAACUGGGGCGUUCGCAGGCGCUCUCUUGACAGCAUUGACAAAGGAGACACGCCGUCCCUUCAGGAAUGCCAGUACUCUGGUAGCACACCCAGCCUGAACUUGACCAACCAGGAGGAUACUGAUGAGUCUUCAGAAGAAGAAGCAGCACUGACUGCAAGUCAGAUACUGUCUCGUUCACAGAUGUUAAUCAGUGAUUCUGCCAUAGAUGAAACAGUGUCAGAUCAUGCUGGUUUAUCACUUCAGUCUCAAGAUUCCACAAGCAGUGUGGGAACAGAAGAGGUGCUUCAAAUCAGAACUGAGACCCCAAGUUUGGAGGCUUCUUCUCUAGAUAACUCUAGCAACCAGCUGCCUGAGGAAGGCAGUUCAGCAGUGAGGGAUGAACAGGUUAGCACUGCUAGUGAAGACACUGGCUCGUACCUACUACAUGAGCAGCAAGACUGUCUGGUCUGUCACGAAUCUCUGGAGCUGGAAGAGACCCCAGAACUGGUAGAGGCAGCAGCUCCUGAAAGCUAUUCUGAAUCUGUCUGUGAAGAGGAUGUCACUCUUGCUUUGAAAGAGCUAGAUGAGAGAUGUGAAGAAGAAGAAGCUGACUUCUCUGGUUUGUCUAGCCAAGAUGAAGAAGAACAGGAUGGUUUCCCAGAAGUGCAGACUUCCCCUCCUCCUUCUCCAUUUCUUUCUGCCAUAUUGGCAGCUUUCCAGCCAGUGGCGUACGAUGAUGAAGAGCAAGCCUGGCGCUGCCACGUCAAUCAGAUGCUGUCAGACACAGAUGGAUCUUGUGCUGUCUAUACAUUUCAUGUCUUCUCAAGAUUGUUUCAGACCAUACAAAGAAAGUUUGUAUCUAUAACAAAUGAUUCAGUCAGCUUUCUUGGUGAAAGUCUACAGCGCAUUGGAACAAAGUUUAAGAGUUCUCUGGAAGUGAUGAUGUUGUGUUCAGAGUGUCCGACCGUCUUUGUGGAUGCAGAAACGCUGCUGUCUUGUGGCCUGCUAGAAACACUGAAGUUCAGUGUUUUAGAGCUCCAGGAACACUUGGAUACUUAUAACGUCAAAAGAGAGGCAGCAGAACAGUGGCUAGAAGACUGCAAAAGGACAUUUGGUACUGAUGAUGGUAUUCAUGGGAUUAACACAGAUGCCCAGCAAAUGGAAAUUCUAGCAGAGCUGGAGUUAUGUCGGAGGCUAUACAAGCUGCAUUUCCAGUUGCUGCUGCUGUUCCAAGCCUAUUGCAAACUCAUCAGUCAAGUAAAAACAAUCAAAACAGAAGCAGAGGUAAUAAACAUGUCUCAAGAACUUGCUCUUUUGGAGAGCUGCCUGAAAGAGGCCGAGGCAGUGUCUGACAGUGGUAUUGAAGAAAUUGAAAUUGCAGAGGCUUCCCAAGCUAGCACAGAAACAGCUAUUCACUCCCUCAUUGAAUCCCUGAGAAACAAGGAGUUUGUGUCAGCUGUGGCACAGGUCAAGGCUUUCAGAUCUAUUUGGCCCCACGACAUCUUUGGCAGUUCUGAAGAUGACCCAGUUCAAACAUUGCUGCACAUCUAUUUCCGUCAUCAGACACUUGGCCAAACUGGCAGCUUUGCAGUGGUAGGCUCCAAUCAAGAUAUGUCUGAGGCCAGCUCAAAGCUGAUGGAACUUAAUCUAGAAAUCCGAGAGUCUCUCCGCAUGGUGCAAUCCUGUCAGCUUCUAGGGAAGAUCAAAACAGGAAUAAAUCUUGUGACCACUGGAUUCUGAACAGCUGUCAAUUUAGAAAAGAACUGAUGAUGAGGACACUUCAGACUAUUAUUGAGCACCUUUCAGAAAAAAAAAAACAAAAACAACAAAACAAAAACCUCCAGCAAUCCUGACAACCAACACACUUUUAUCACAGCAAGAAACUGUUUCAUCACAAGUGAAACCCUGAAAAUUGAAGUGAACAUCCUACUUGACUGCUCUUUCUACACAGCAGCCUGUGUGGCAGUAGUAUUUUUUUAUUAAAUUUAUGUAUAAAAACUACGUGAAAGGAAAAGGGCUUAAUCCUAAUGCAUACAUAUGCAUUAUUUUCUGUUGUAACAGAAAUAUAACGGAUGUUUGCAGCAACAGCCUCCAGAGGUUGGAUCAAUAUCGCAGGUGGGAUGAGGCUAAAAUCAAGGCUGGUUUAUUUUGGCUGAUGACCUGCAAGGCUUCCUGGCUUUUCAGCAGUAAAACCAUCAACACCUAAUGAGACACUUUGAAAUGUCAUGAAGAAUGUGCAGUCAAACCUGAGUAGAAUGACAUAUGACUGCAAAAACCAUUGACUUCUAAGCGUUUUAUUUGCUUUUUUGUCUGUUAUAAGGAAAUAAUGUGUGUGAGUUAGAAUGUAUGGCUAUGUGGCAGUUGUUUUUUGAAGGUAUGGAUGAUUGUUAAAUAAGGUCUCAGAGCAUGCUUAAAAGAGCUGCAAGAUUAUUUUUGAAGAAAUUUUAUUUUAUUAGAUCUAAUCCUCAUAGUGUGUAAAUGUUAGGACAUUUAAUAAUAUUUUAAACUGGGAUUUCCCAGUGUUUCUAAAAGAAAUAAUAUAUCUGUUAACUUUAUUGGAAUGCUGCUCAGUUCUCUGACCAGUGCUUAUGUUAAAAUACUGAUAACAACUAACCAAAAAGUAGCUGCUUGCAGAGACUUUAAAAUGUAUAUUAAAGAUAUAUGCUGCCCAUCAGCAAUUCUCAUUAGAAGUUAACUUAUUUUAUUCUGUAUAUAUUCUAGAAACUGUAUAGUGCAAAACCAGUAUUUUUCAUGUAAAUUUGUGCAAUGCACUGUUAAACAGUAGGUGUAUAAAGCUAUGAGGAGAAGGGGGCAUUCCCUCUUGGUAGUCACAUGCAGUAUGAGCAGCCUGCAGGGUUUGAAGAGUUUGAAUGCAUGUAUAUGCAUCUUCAUGACUCAACUGAAGCCCAAGGAACUGGGACUAUAGGAAAAAAAAAAAAAAAAAAAAAAAUACCCUGACUACCAAAACAUGCAAACAGGCAAUAUACUCAUAGUUUAGUGUCAAAGUCUGUAGCAUAAAACAAACUGGAUUCUGUUGAAACCAAUAGCAUUUUGUAGAAAAAAAAAUAGAAAAAAAAAAACAGAAAAAAAAGAAUGUAGUCCCACAAUUCCUAUGAUUUGAAAGGAACAGCCAGUAUUUUUAUAUGCAUCUCUUACCCACUGUGAUUUUUUUUAACGGGCUCUAAUUCCAGAGCUUAGAAUGUAGUAUUGACGUUCUUAGCUCUGCCUUUUUGGGGGAAUUAGGCCCCACUAGAAAUGUAAUUAUGCUGAAAUGCAUUAAUUGAAGGCACUGUGCACACUGUUGGACUGCUGACAGUAGUUAUGUUAUCCUAACAAGUUCUGUAACUGGUCAAGGCACAUUCAUAUUCACUGUAUUUUUUUCCCCUAUCCCUGAUAAAAUUUAAUUAUUUUGAUGGUUUUGUGGUACUGUAGAUGGUGUUCUUAAUUAUUUAACAAGUAUUUACAGGGGAGAGGUAGUUUUAUUUAGGGGCGCAUUACACUUUUAUUUACAUCAUCUUUUACCAGUUUUUUUGUAAAAAUAAAAGACAUUGUAUCUCUCA